UGACAAAAAUAAAAACCCUACUCCUCCUACUGCUAAAACCAGUAUAGCGCCGUGACAAUAUAAUCUCUUCCGUAUUUCCAUUUCUGCAAAGAGGCUGCACGGAAGAGAAAUGGAAGGCUCUGUUGAUGAAACAGCAAAAGCAGUUUCCAAUUUAGCUAUGGAGGGCGGCCCUGAAGCUCUUAGCAAGAAUGCUUUGAAGAGGGAACUUAAAAUGAAGCAGAAGGAGGAAGAGAGACGCCGGAAGGAGGAGGAGAAGGCGGCCAAGCAGGCUGCUCUCAAGGCCCAAGGUCAGAAAUCUGCAGCAGCUGAUGAGGAGGAUAUGGACCCAACACAAUACUUCGAAAAUAGGCUGAAAUAUCUUGCUUCCCAAAAGGCUGAAGAGAGAAAUCCAUAUCCUCACAAGUUCUGUGUUACAAUGUCCAUUGAGGAGUACAAACAAAAGUAUGGAGGCUUAAACGACGGAGAGCAUCUUGAGGAUGUCACUGUGUCUUUGGCUGGGCGAAUCAUGAAAAAACGAUCUGCCGCUGCAAAGCUCUUCUUUUAUGAUUUGCAUGGUGGUGGUGUUAAAGUCCAAGUGAUGGCUGAUUUUAGCAAAUCAGACAUGGAAGAAGCUGAGUUUUCUAAGUUCCAUUCCAAUGUGAAGCGUGGUGAUAUUGUUGGUGUCACUGGCUUUCCAGGAAAAACCAAAAGGGGAGAACUGAGUAUUUUUCCAUCAUCUUUUGCUGUUCUAUCUCAUUGUCUUCAUAUGAUGCCGAAAGAAAAAGCUGGUCCUGGUGCAGUUAAUGCCAAUAGAACUGAUGUUUGGCUCCCAGGAUGUCCCAGGAAUCCCGAUACAUAUAUUUUAAAAGAUCAGGAAACUCGUUAUCGACAACGGUAUCUUGAUUUGAUGUUGAAUCUAGAGGUUCGGCAGAUAUUCAAGACCAGAUCGAGGAUCAUAACAUAUAUUAGAAGCUUUCUUGACAGCCUUGAUUUUUUGGAGGUUGAAACACCCAUGAUGAACAUGAUUGCUGGUGGAGCUGCUGCUCGUCCAUUUGUGACUCAUCACAAUGAAUUAAACAUGAGGCUGUUUAUGCGAAUUGCACCGGAGCUUUACCUUAAAGAGUUGGUUGUUGGUGGACUUGAUCGUGUAUAUGAGAUAGGAAAACAGUUUAGGAAUGAGGGUAUUGAUUUGACUCAUAAUCCUGAGUUCACAACCUGUGAGUUUUAUAUGGCUUUUGCCGAUUACAAUGACUUGAUGGAACUAACUGAGAGAUUGUUGAGUGGAAUGGUCAAGGAGCUUACAGGUGGCCACAAAAUUAAGUAUCAUGCAAAUGGGCUGGAGAAGGAUCCUAUUGAGAUUGAUUUUACACCUCCUUUUAGACGAAUUGACAUGAUAGAGGAGUUGGAGAAGAUGGCCAAUCUGAACAUACCAAAGGACCUUACCAGUGAUGAAGCUAACAAGUAUCUGGUGGCCGCAUGUGAGAGGUUUGAGGUCAAGUGUCCUCCCCCACAAACAACUGCUCGUUUGUUGGAUAAGUUGGUUGGGCACUUUCUGGAGGAAACUUGUGUGAAUCCUACUUUCAUCAUCAAUCAUCCUGAGAUCAUGAGUCCCUUGGCAAAAUGGCAUAGAUCAAGACCUGGCUUGACUGAACGUUUUGAAUUGUUCAUGAACAAGCAUGAGGUUUGCAAUGCAUACACUGAAUUGAAUGACCCUGUGGUACAACGAGAGCGAUUUGCUGAUCAACUCAAGGACCGACAAUCUGGUGAUGAUGAAGCUAUGGCUUUGGACGAGACAUUUUGCACAGCCCUCGAGUAUGGGUUACCUCCAACUGGUGGCUGGGGAAUGGGUAUCGACCGCCUAGCUAUGAUCUUAACUGAUUCACAGAAUAUCAAGGAAGUACUACUCUUCCCAGCAAUGAAGCCUCAAGAUGAACAUCCUCCCAAAGCAACUUAAGCUAUUAUCAGAGCUUUGACAUGUAGAGCUGAGUUUCAAUCCAUGUGCGCUUGUCGCGGAGGUAGACAUGUUGUCACACUGCUAGAUAAAUAUUUUUUUGUCCGAAUCUCAUUCUUAUUUGGGUUUGAUCAUUUGACCUAUACUUAUUUAAUGAAGAAUUUGAAAUGUUGUGAUGUACCUCAUUAUAAUAUAUAUAGCAGAUGUAAGUGUUUCUUCGUUCUA